AGAUGAUCCAAGCUUUCCGGUAAACUGUUGGACAGCUAAAUCAAGAAUGUCCUGCCAAUCUGUAUUUGGAAGCCUUCGUCUUAUGUCUCCAGCUUUUCUAGACACUCGCGUAUACUCAUGCAUCUCGAUUUUUCCAGCAAUAAGAACUUCACUUGGAAAAUCUUAUUCAACAUCUAAUCCCGGAUGCAGCAAAGCAAGCUCCAACAAGGACUUCAAAGUAAAUCCUUUAUUUGAAAACAGAAACCCUAGAAAUCUGGAGUUCAUGGGGUUAGCUAGGAAGAGACAAGGGUGGGUGCUGCAAGCUCCCAGAAAAGAUUUCUAUCACAGGGUCGUGUUUGAACAGACCAAUCGCCAUACAAUAGGACGCAUUGAACAUUUUUCUGGACGAACAGUCAUAUCAGCCUCCACUAAUGAGUGGGCCAUUAGAGAUGGCUUGUACAGCUGUGUUGAUGUUAGUGCUGCAGAAAAUGUGGGUCGUGUCUUAGCUCAACGCAGCCUGGAGUCUGGUAUCACAGAAGUCUUCUAUGAGGAACUUGAAGAGCAUAAGAAUUCAGAAAAGAUGCAAGCAUUUCUUGGCGGACUGAAGGAACUAGGACUGGACCUUGAGGAAAAAGAGUUCCUGGAGGUGGAAUUUGUUCCUGGCAUCGAUUUUUCUCGUGCUACACGCAUUGGUGAGGGCAAGAAAUGGAAGGAUGAUUAUCAACCACUGUAGUUCUACAUGGGUGAUUCCAGAACCUUGCAUGUGAAGGAUCGAUGCAAGUAGAGUGCUGUCAGAACUAAUUAUCAUCAUCUAUUACUGUUGUUCCACGGAACUUAAUAUAGUGUGAAAAUUAAAGAUUGAAUCUGGACUGACAGUAUGCUCAUUUGUGCUGUUUUUUCCCCACAUUUAUGAUUAUGUGACAGGCAUGGACAAAUAGUUUAUGAAAAGCCCUUUCUACAGGAUUAAAGAUGAAAUGUAUUUCAAGA